CCCCUCUGAUCCCUCUCUUAAGGCUUAAACAGCAGCUGCAGAGAUUAGAGGGGAGAGGACCCACGCACUGACCGUCUCCCAUAAAUUCAGCAGCUGAGACAAAUUGAAUUCAGAUUUGAGUGAUUUCUUAUCAGCAAAAACCCAUCUUUGGCAUGGAGCUCUUCAACUGAAGCCAGAGCCUUUGAGGGGCACUUUUUUAGGAACCCCUCAGUGGAUUGAACCUUUCUUCGGUUUCUCAGAAGAUUCCGCUUUGUUGUGGAAUCUACUCUUAAUUAAGAUUUUCCAUUUUCAAGGAUCUGGCCUGUGCUUAUCAGGACUGGGGCAUGAGUUAUUUUGGAUAUCGUCGAGAGUUGAGUAAGUAUGAAGACGUGGAUGAGGAUGAGCUCUUGGCUUCCCUCAGCCCGGAAGAGCUGGCUGAGUUGGAGAAGGAGCUGGUGGACAUUGACCCGGACGCCAACGUGCCAAUAGGACUCCGUCAGAGAGACCAGACCGACAAAACCCCAACAGGCACCUUCAGCAGGGAGGCACUCAUGAAAUACUGGGAAAACGAAACCCGGAGACUGUUGGAGGAUGAGAUCGAGGGAGGAAGCCCCAAACUGGAUGAAGGACAGGAAAGAGAGUUUGUGACUCAAGGUAGCAGUGAAGAAGAGGAUGAAAAAGAUAAGAAUGAGAAAGAGCAGAAAAAAAGCAUUGAAUCAAAUGAAGAUGAAGAGGAAGGCUGUGAUGAGGAGGAAGACGAGGAUAUUGAGGAGGAAGAGGAACCUGUAACAGAAGAUGACGAGGAAGAGGAGGAGGAGGAGGAGCAAGUUAAGUCUGAACCCAUGAAGCAUUCAGAGUUGGGGAGAGCACUGGUCAUCAAACCCCCGCCUGUCAAGCCUGCAGUGGUGGAGUCAGCCUCGCCCACCCCCCCUGGUGACCCGAACACGAGUAGAAACCCAACCGUGGUGGACGACGUCCUUCAGAGAGCCCUCAACAACGACGCAGAGCUCACAGAGAUCAACCUCAACAACAUUGACGACAUCUCACAGGAAACUCUCAUCAGAUUCACUGAAGCUCUGAGGUCCAACACAAACGUUCGAGUCUUCAGCCUUGCAAACACUCGAGCCGAUGACCCCGUGGCUCUGGCCGUAGCUAAGAUGCUCAAGGAGAACUCGUCCAUCACCAGCCUGAACAUAGAGUCCAACUAUGUGACUGGGAAAGGCGUAAUGGCGUUGGUUCAAGCGCUUCCAGCGAACAACACCUUAACGGAGCUACGCUUUCACAACCAGAGGCACAUGUGUGGAGGGCAGGUGGAGAUGGAGAUGGUGAAGAUCCUGAGGGAAAACUGCACCCUGAUUAAACUGGGUUACCAGUUUAACCUGCCUGGUCCCAGAAUGAGCAUGACAGGGAUCCUCACCAGGAACCAGGACCGGCAGAGGCAGAAGAGGAUGCAGGAGCAGCGUCAACAGCAGCAGGACCAGCAGAGGAUCCAAAAUGCAGCAGUUAACCCUCGAACCUCAGCAUUGAGAGAAACACCAAGUUCAUCGCCUCACGGCUCACCCAGAGGCUCCCCUUGGUCUUCGCCCAAACUGCCCCAAAGCAAACAGGUAUCAAAGCAGACUCCCCCUGCACCACCCCCUCCUCCUCCUCCACCUCCCCUGCCUCCCCCUGCACCUAAGCAGGAGGUGAAGAAGAAAAAGCCCACGAGGAUGAUUGCUGAGGUCAUCCGGGCGCACGAGGCGGGCAGCACCAAGGCGACCAAGCCAAAAGGGAAGAAAGGCAAGAAAGGGCGCGAAAAAGAGGAGACGAGUAGCAUCCUGAAGGAGCUGAAGAACGCCCUGCGGCCCGUGUCAGCCGACAGGAAGGAGGGGGAGAGCAGCAGGCCAUCCACGCCAAUGAGGUCGGCUCACGACCAACUGAUGGAGUCCAUCCGGACCAGCAGCAUUCGCAGCCUGAGACGGGUGGAAAUUCCACAUCAUUUGAAGUAACAGAAAUCAAAGAGGUCAACUUUGCAAUGACGAUGAUGAUGAUGAUGGAACGACCAAGAGUUAUGAAAAAUGAGAAGUUGGGGAUUUUAUUCUUAAAAAAAGGAAAGUAAUAGGAGACAAACUGGAAUUUGCACUGUGAUGUUUGCUUUUUUUAAUGCUAUGAUUUCUUCAAAACUCUUUAUACACCAUAGAAAAUUGAGUGUUUUUGUAUUUUUUAAGUUCUUGUUGUUUUUUUUCUUGUUUACUGAAUCUUGUCUUUGCAAAACUAUCUUGUUUGCUUGUAAAUAUAAUUUUCUGGUGGAUGAAUUAUGUGGUCAUUUCUAAAUAUAGUUAUUUGCUGCUGACAUUAGUUUCUCUGCCAGACGACAAGGACCGCUUCCCUUUUUUUAGGGAAGUUAAAUUGACUGGACUGAUGACAAUGGUCAAACUGUAAACUUUUGUUUUUCUCCCUGUGAUAAGCAAUACAUCCUUAAAAAGAAGAAAAUAUUCAAACAUACUUUUUUACAGGAAUAAAAAACAAACAAAAAAAAAACAAUUCAGAUGCACUCAGAUAAAUGAAAAACAGCUCUGCCAAGCGGAUUCAUUUAAGGAUUCUUUUAAUUUUUGAAGGAUAUAUUUGAUGAUCGGAGUAACGGUGUGGGAAGGACAAGAACAAAAGGAAAGAGGAAAGAAAGAUGAGGAGACUGACAGAUGCCUGUAAACCAUCCAAAGCCCGGUCUUGGUGACAUUGGUAUGUCUUGGAAGGACUUAUUCAUCUUCUAUAUUUGCAGUGCAGUUGUUCCAAGACAAGUCCUGCUCUCAAAAAAAGAGGACACUAGAAAAGAUUUGAAAAUUGCAAAACUCUAAACAGUUUAUUAAAGUAAGCCUUUAGUUUUCUAAGUAUUUCCUGCAGCCAACAUAUGCCAAAAAGGUUAAAGGUAAAAAUCCUAGUUAAAUCUCAUUUGAAACUAUCAUAUAAUUCACAAAAUCCUUAGCGAAGCCGCUUCAAAACACAGAAGGAAAUUAUGGGUGAUGUGUUCAAGAUUCCUUUAAAAGAAAUUAGGAUUUCAAGCGGUAACUUGCUCGAGAAAAAUAUUAAAGUCUCACUCUGGUUAUCUUUUGAUCUAUUUUAAAAGCAUUCCCAUUGUUUUUUUUUUUCAUUAUGAGUAUGUCAUUUUUAGCCAAAGUCAAAAGAAUAUGUUUUAUAGAUUGCAAGACGAUGUGUUCAGGAUCACCCAGAAAGUGUUAGGAUUUCAAGCUUUAAAUUUGACGAAAAAUAUUCAGCAAAUUGCAUUUGUAGUAACUUCUCCCAUGUUCUGCACAUUAAUAUUUCAUCCAAACCACAGUGGAAGUCAGAGUAGAACUGUGUCAUUUUGUUUUCCACACAAAAAUAAAAGUAAAGACAUCCAGGCCUCAAGUGGUAACUUUUUAGAGGGCAGUUGAAAGUGCCACGUCUGCUUUUAAUCCCUUUCAUGACUCUGAUACUGGGUCAGCUGACAAGGACAUUAGCUAAAAUUAAACAUCCUCAAGUCUCGGCCAUCACACAUGCAUUUGUUUUUUGCACCGGUUGAGAUGUUUGAUCACUUUUACAAAAAGAUUUUCCCAUUUGGGUCAAAGAUAUUUAUUUUCAUUUCUGAAAAGCAGUCAGAUUGGCUACAAGCUGAGUAUUUUUGUAGCUGGAUGGCUUUUCUAGAUAAAGUGGUUGCUGUAAAUGUAAUAAUCCUCUGUUUAGCUGUUUACAGCCUGACUGUCCUAAUGUGCCCUCAGGUAAUGAGGCUGCAUUCAGCACAUUAUUCAGGUGAGAGCUAAAACAUCAGCAUUUUUAUAGGCAUUAAAGCAUUGUAGUACUGUGUCCUAAAAAAAAAGAGAAUUAUCUGCGUUCCAACAAGCUCUGCUCACAAAAAAAUAAAAAAAAAACAUCCAAAAAGUGUGUAACCAGGUUAGCGACAUAAUUUAGCCAGAUUUUAUUUAGGGACAAAAUGUUUUUUUAUACAAAUUAUUGCCAAUUGUUUCUGUCAACAAACCAAAACAGUUCUGUGUGCUAACUGGAAAAUUAUCCUGAGGAAAAGUUUGAAUAUGUCUUCAACUUCUAAGUAUUAAAGAAAACUUUACUGUAUUUUUUUAAAGGUACUUGGCAAAUAUAUGCAAAUCUUAUUUGGAUGUUAAUCUAAAAGAUUUUCUAACUUUAAUGUCUACUAUGGAUUUAAACCUCAGCCUAAGAUCCCUUUGCAAAACGUAGUCUAUUUAAGUGAGGCAUUAUACUUAAAGUUUACUUAUUAUAUUUUAUCGGCACUAUUUGAUAAUUGCAAAAAUCUGAAACCUUAUUUUUUGUCUUUCAAGUUAUUUGACCAGAUUUUAAGUUGUUUUUACUAAUCUUUCCAGGCUUUUCUCAAAAAUCAACACAGUGCAGAUGUUUUGUCCAAUCAAGAGCUAGGAUCUAAAAAUAUGAAAAACUUGAUUCCAGACUCAAAACAACUCAAAAAAGGAUGUCUUUUUUUGUUCUAAAAGGAGUCAUUUCAUUUCCCUGUAAUCAUAGUGACCUAAACUCAAAAAAUACAAAACAUUAGAUUAGAAAUAAAAGAAAGAUACUUAUUUUUGGUCUAAAUAACAUUGAAUUUGGAGUAGUUUUAUUUAACAGUUACCUUUUUUUAAAAAUUACUUUUCCUUUUGUAAAUGCUUGUCUAGAACUUCUUGCUUUUUGAAAUCUUAUAAAAUUUCUUGCUGCUGCAUGGACAGAUAAUUUGACUAUUUUCUAGUGAUUUUCUUUUUAAGAUUAAUGCUCUUUUCAGGCUACCUCUUUUUGCAGUGUAAACUUAAAAUGAUUCAAUUUAUUCUAAAGAAGUAAUCAGUUGGUUCAUGUCCAUGAUCUGUAGUAUACUUGCUACAUUUAUACCUACUUAAUAAAAUAAACCUCAAGCAUACUACUUAUUGCUAAGAGGAGAUAGCUAAAAAAAAAAAAAAGUCUUGCCAUAUUGCGAUAUUUAUUUUUUUGCUGCACUGAUAUUGAAAGUCAGUCAUAAUUUGUUUUAGUUCCAUGAUUCACAUUGAUGGUUUGAGCGUAAAGUUUGUCCAAGAAUUUCACCUGGAGAGCAAACAAAUGUGCAAAAUGAAUACCUUGUUUUGAAGUUUUCUCUAUCAUCGAUAAAUAAAUUACAUCAAAAAUGACUUUACAAUCUGUAAAUAAGGGUCUAAAUGCACACGUUUAAAGGAAAACUGUUCUUUGUAACAUGCCUGCUUUAGUCACUGUGGUUGUACAGGAACUGCUGGGGUUAAAUUUGUCAGAUUGGCCUCUGAGAAGCUGCAGAGGUGUAACUCAAGUUAAAAUACAAGUGAUUUGGAAUUUUAAAACUGUAAAAAAAAUACAUUACAUCAAAUAGAAAUCCUUAAUGCACUUUAAGUGUGAAUGAUAUUGAUCCUUAAAGACUUUUGAACCAUUUUUUCCCCUUGAAAGCAUUACCAAUGCUUAAUCCAAGGAUUUUUUAUUUAAAAUAAAUGCAUCUAAUUUAAAAGUCAGCAAAAUAAAGCCAAAUACCUGCCGUUGUGCGCUGUGACUGGAUUUGGAUCAUGUUAUGGACCCAUUAGAAGCAUCAAGUGUGUAAAACUAAAAUGUCUUUAUUCCUUAAGCUUUACAUGAUAAAUGAGCUGGUUACAACAAACAGGCAUUUAUUAAUACUUCAAAAAAAAAAAAAAAAAAGAAAAGAAAA